UGUCUCUAUUUCUCUUUCAUCAAAGUUCGUGCACUGAAAAAAAAAAUGAGAGGACUCUCCAGAAACUCCGGCACGGCGGCGAUUUUAGCCAUCUUUGUAAUCCUCGCCGUUCAGCAUUUGACCGUAACCGCCGAUUUCCCUCCGUUCGAGACAGAGUGCCGCGGUACCAUAGCCGAAUGCUCGGUCUCGGCCGCGUUCGGAGACGAAGUAGAUAUAUUCUACGGCGGAGGAAUGGGAGCAGCAGAGUUCGAGAUGGACUCGGAGAUCAGCCGGCGCAUGUUAGCGAACAGGAGGUACAUCAGCUACGGUGCGCUGAGGAGAAACAGUGUUCCUUGUUCACGACGCGGCGCAUCUUACUACAAUUGCCGACGUGGCGCUCAGGCCAACCCGUACUCUCGCGGCUGCAGUGUCAUCACUCGCUGCCGUCGAUAAAUCUGUAGUUUUCCUCAAUAUUCUUUUCUUUUUCUUAAUAUAUAAUUUUUUUUUGUUGUAAAAUUAAUAUAUAAUUUUCUCAGUUCUCGUACCAAGAAAAUUAAAUUAGAUAAUUUUACAUUGUAAUAAGAAACAGUUACUUUCAGUGUUCAUCAGUGAUAAACGAAUGUGUUGAAGUAUUCAAAAUAAUAAUAAUGUUUUGGAUGGAA